AUGUCCACAUCCGCAUCCACAUCUGCCCCCGACGCCAUGGACAUCACUUCUUCUCCUACCGCUUCUGCUCCGAGCCAUGUAGCCGACCAUGAGACCAAUGGCAAGCUGAGCAAUCGACCGAACCAACUUCCCAGCAAUGACCGAAACCCUGCCGACUCUUCAUCCAACAUGCCUGCGCCGCCGACAGUUGCCUCAUCUGCCGUCCACCAGCCGAAGAUUGUACAAACUGCCUUUAUCCACAAGCUGUAUAACAUGCUGGAAGAUUCUAGCAUUCAGCACUUGAUAUCGUGGUCUUCGAAUGCGGAGAGCUUUGUCAUGUCGCCAACUGCUGAUUUUUCCAAAGUCUUGUCACAAUAUUUCAAACACACCAAUAUCUCGUCAUUUGUUCGCCAGCUCAAUAUGUAUGGGUUUCAUAAGGAACGAGAUGUCUUCCACACCGGCAAUCCGGAUACCACACUGUGGGAGUUUAAACAUGGCAAUGGCAGUUUUAAGCGAGGUGAUAUAGCUGGAUUGCGUGAUAUCAAGCGACGAGCUAGUCGUCAUGCUCUAGUUCAUCGCGAGACCAAUUUCACGAAACCUGGCUCUUCGCAACCCGGUACACCUGCUGAGCCUGUUCAAGUCCCCCCGGAGAGCAUCGACGCGAGACUUGCAAAUCUAGAGCACACCCUCUACGACGUAAGCGCACGAUUACAACGAAGCGAAGAAACCGCACAUUACAUGCACGUGAAAAAUCAGACUGUGAUGGAAACUAUGGGACGAUUGCUGCAUUUCAACCAAGAAUUGACUCGGGCCAUGUUGUCGCUAGUGCCGCUGGAGAGUACAAUUCACCGAGAUGUGAUGGGUCUGCAAGGAGAGAUACAACGACAGGCCGAUAUGAUUCGGACAGUUGACGAGCCUCAAGAUGUGCCAUUUGUGGGUCGGCAGCAAUACUUCAGCAACGUCGACAACCCUCCGGUGUCGCCAAGGCAAUUGCCACAAGAUGAUUCCAGACGACCAGCUGGUGGACUAGCAGUACCGCAGUCCCAGGCCCGAGGGCAGCCCCUAUAUCGGCCUGGUGUACCAUCGUCUCUUACACUCGGAGCGCGACGUCCAUACGGCUCAAUUGGUGGCAGCAGCACUACACAAUCCUCGCCUCUCCGCAAUGCUGCGGCUCCGCCCCCUUCGGGUCCGCAUCCCCUUUCAAACGUGGAAACACCACCUGGCAACCUGGCUCGAAGACACACUGCUGCUGACAUUCGCGCGCAUGGAUGGCAACCUGGACCCUCCCCCUUCUCGGCAUCUAACGCGCCUCCCGGCCCAUGGCCGUCGUCACCUGGAAGAGUGGCUCCGGAGGACCAGCGUAUAAGAGAAUCGUUAUCGACAUACUCGCUGCAGACGGCUUCACAUUCUCAUCCGCAUUCUCGACCCACCACUCCCCCGCCCCCUCAUGCACCUGCCAAUGGCAGUAGCAAUGGGGCAGAUGCAUUUGGUGGUUGGUCCUGGAAUUCGGCAGGCAAUAGGGACACCAAGGGACCCCUAUUUAAAGAUUCAUCGGCGCCUCCGACCAGAAGAGGCAGCAUGGCGCACAUCUUGAACCCAAGUGACACAGCUGAGAGGUCAGAUGAGGACGAAGAUCCACGUGGUGAUGAUGAUAGAAAACGAAAACGAAUGCAGUGA